CUGGACUAUAUCACAUUUAUUGCUACUAAUAGUUAAACUUUUAUACUUCUCGGUAGCGAGGGUAGAGAAGGUCAGGUAUGCUCUCGUUGCUUGAACAGAUAAUCGAAAGCGUUGUACGACGUACAUCAUCAGCGUGAAACACAUGUAAUAAGCUAAUUGCCUACGUAGGCUGUGGCCGCGACGUAUUACACGUGGCACGCGAGAUCGUUUAUCAACUGUUAGCUGCUUGUUCUAGUUAUAAAGUUCAUUAACGAUAACAGGUGGAAACCGAUGUUCCGGUUAAAUUUAGUCCUUACAGACAUCGGACACGUAUAACAUCUUUUUUCUCGUGCCUUGCGACAGUUUGGUCACACUCGUGGUCGAAAAAACAAGUCUUGGUGUUUACGUGAUUAAUAUUAUGUAUUUUGUUGAGAUCAAGGAACCAUAUUAAGUACCUAAACUUCUGACUGUCCACAAAAUGACACACAAAGUAAAAACCUUGAAAGAAGCAGUCGCGCCUGUUACCUUCCUCAAUUGUAUAUUCUGCAUGGGAAUAUUUGAGAUACCUGCGAAUCGUCCACGAUUUCUUCUAAGUGCCGUCUAUGUCGUCUCGAUGUUGACUGGUUACUUCUUUGUACUUUAUCAGGGAAUAGUAAUCUUCAAAAGAAAAUUCGGCUACACUUACGUACUAUUUUAUUUUGUCUUGACGAUCAAUGUCAUGGUUGCCAUUUUGGCGAUAAUUUUGUUCUGGCGGAAAUCCGAGAAUGUACAUAACUUAAUUAAGAGAUGCAGCAUGGCAGAUGUCACUAUAGAAGCAUUGGGUAUAAAAAGAGAAUACCAGAAAAUUUUUCGUCAGAAUAUAUACCUUAUAAUUUUCUGGAUAGCAGGAAUGAUAUUGUUAAUUUUCAUGUAUUCAAUAUGGAUGUAUCGUGAUAUCGAAAUUAUACAAGCCUGUUAUGUCAAUAUGUGCUUUUGCAUUCCGAUAAUGAUAAAUUCUAUAGUGGAUACCACCUUCAUUACAUUUCUCAAGUGUAUUCAAAGAAAAUUUCGGAAUAUAAAUAUUCUUCUUAAUAAUAUAGUACAGUGUGCAAAUAAGUCAAAUGUCUUCAAGAUCCCUGCUGAGCAGGAUAAAACAUGUAUUGCAACUAUCAGAGCACAGUAUAAAAAUCAGAAAGAUAAAAUACUACAUCUCAUACAGACGUUGAGGCAUCUACACUUAGAAAGUACGAAAAUAGCACGACAAAUAAAUAAAACUUAUUGUAUGCAACUUUUGCUCGAAUUAGCGGUCCAUUUUGCAAUAGUGACUGCAACUUGUUACUCUUUGUAUAUCUCACUUUCUGGUCUUAAUCACAACUUUACAGUCACCAACGAUAAGAUCAUCGCCAUGUUCGUCUGGGGAUGCAUCUACUCAAGCAAAAUUAUAAUAGUAAAUGACAUUUGCACGAGAGUCUCAGAGGAGGCAUAUAAAACUGGAGAAAUUGUGCAAUCUUUUGAGGGAUCCGGUCUUGAUAAUGAUAUGAGAGAAGAAAUUCAUCAGUUUACGCAACAAAUAGUACUUCAGUCAUUAAACUUUACUGCUGCCGGUUUCUUUACAAUUAAUAAUAGUUUUACUGGCAAGUUCUUUGCUACAGUCACGACAUACGUGGUUAUUUUAAUACAAAUGGACACACCGACAUGAUACGACAAAAUACGACAUGGCACAAUGAUUCAAGCGCAAGAUGAUGAUCAACAAUGCUAUCUGUCAAUUCUCAUCAAUCUGGAAGAAGGAGAAUUUAGAAAUUUAAUAAAUUUUUUAAAUUUUUUCUCACGCUUUGAAAUUAAUUGAGAAUUGAGGUAUUCUAAAUGUGUUACAAUGUACAUGUUCAAGUCAAUCCAAAACUUACCAUUACAAACAUGAGUAAUAACCGUUUUAUAAUUUUGCCUUUUUCUUAUAAAAUCUUCCUUAUGAUGCUAAAAAUCGAUUAGCUAAAAUGUAAUACGUAUUAUAAAAGAAUAAUUAUAAUAAUGAUAAUGUAUAAUGAUAAUAAUC